AUGCAGGUUUAUUGCCUUGUUGCACUGACCCAACAGACGGUCUGCAAGACGGAGGAGAGAGUGAAGGACAACAGAGGCGGCCUGGCGAGAGACUCAGCCCAUCCCAAGUGGAUCAUGGGUAACCACACUGGCAAAGACAAUCAUGUCCCUACAGGAUCCCCUUUAGAUUUCUUCCACACACCUCCUUCGUCACCCUCGGAGGCAGAGCUGGCCGCCAUGGCCUUACCCACUGCAGCGUCCCCCGAUAAGGCACAGACUCCAUCACCAGCCGACGGCACCCCCACCUCCGCCACCCCCCCACCCGCAAACUGGACGCAGACAGUGUCCUCUCCCUCCGGGUGGGCCGUGAUCAGCGUGGACAGCGCCGCCUCCUCGGACAGCGUUGCAGGAGGGAGACAGAAGGCCAUGGUCAGUCCGGUCAGUCCGGACAGUCCGGCGUCGUUGCCCCUGUCCAGAGGAUCGCCCUCAGAGCACAGCUGGCAGGAGAGAGACAGCGGAAUGGAGCACGAGGCUGCAGCAGAGAGGGCUGGAGAGGAGAUGACCUUGGUGUUGGCCAGUCUGAUGGAGCACUACGGAGCCUCGCUUGGUCUGACACCCAGUACCGACAUCACGGCAGGAGCAGUAGAUCUGCUCAGGCGUUUGAUAACUGAGAGAGAGGAACUGGUUGAAGAUUUGGACACACUCCGUGAGACCAACAGGACAGAGCGGCUGGAGUGGAGUCAGUUCCAGUGCGACCUGCAGGUUGCGGUGUCCGUGGCCGACCGACUGCGGGUCGAGUCGGAGCAGGCGCUCGGUUUGCUCCAGGAGAGUCACAGGGCGGUGGAGGAGCAGCUGGCUCAGGCCCUCGGCCGACAGCGGGAGAUGGAGCGAGAGCUGGAGAGUCUGAGACACGAGCACAGUGGCGUCUGCCGCAAGCUGAGUGAACUCACCGUGAAGCUGCAGCAAGAGCGAGCGGAGCUGGAUAUUCUGAGGAGCAUCUGCAGCUUGAAAGAGGAGCAAACAGACCAACAGGCAGACCAACAUCAACCAGAUGAGGAGCAGGGGGUUGAAACACAGAGAUCUAUCAGUGAAACUGAAGAUAAAGAUGAGAACAACGCAAAUCAGGAUUCAGUCGACGACAGUGGAGCUCAUGAUCCUGAAAAGGAGGAGACUGGACAGGGAAACACGCUGCUAUCAGGAAAGGGGGUGGCAGAAGGAUAUAUUCGUAGUUUGGCUGCUAUUGAGAAGAAGAAAGAGGAGGGUCGUGGACAGAAAGAUCCAAGAAAGAUUGUGAUGCUGUCUGAGAGAUCUUGGAGUCUCUCUCGCAUUCCGCUUCACACCGACUCCCCCAGUCAAAAUGGAAACUCCAAAAACUUGUGUACAACGUUGCCAUUAUGCAAGAAAGAGGAGCCGACAAAGGGGAGACUGGACCGCGUUUUAAAGAGGCAGGACAGCUGGUCCAGCUUCUAUAUGGGAAAACAGGAAGAUGAUCAGAGCUCAGAUUUCAUCAAACCUCAGGAUGGCUUCAGUGCCCUGCUGAGGCGCCAUGGUGGCUCCAGAAGAAACUCCCUGCUGCGCUGGUGCCAAAGUCGGACCCAUGGUUACAAGAAUAUUGAGAUUACCAACUUCAGCAGCAGCUGGGAGGACGGUUUGGCGCUCUGUGCCGUUUAUCACACCUAUUUACCGGACCGCAUCCCGUACGACAGCCUCAGUCCAGCUGACAAGAAGGAAAACCUGGAUCUUGCUUUUAAGACUGGUGAGGAAGUGGGAAUCAGAGCGACACUGACGGUGGAGGAGAUGCUGAAGGCAGAGGGACCAGACUGGCAGAGGGUGCUGGGAUAUGUCGAAAGUAUUUUUCGUCACUUUGAGAUGUGA